CGUUGCGGGGAUGAGCAGCGGCUAAUGGCUGACUGGGAGUUUUCUGGAUUAGCCAACUGCUUUUAUUAAUUAUAAACGACGUCUCCGUGUGUCUUAUGUAAUAGUAUGUUUGUAUUACGCCGGUGUUAAGUCUCUUAUGUGUUCUUUUUUUUAAAUUUUCUACGGCGACAUGGUACAUUUACGUGUGUCCUCGCUACUCGCGUUAGCCAGGUUCUGAUGAGGGCAUUUUUGCCAGCGAACUGUUCCUGAAGCUCCACUUGGAAGACAGAGAAUACAAAGUGCUGAGCCGUGUGGAUUGGCAGCUGCUUUGAAACAUGUCCAAAAGCAAGAGUUCCGAGGCAGUCAAGGUGGUGGUCCGUUGUCGCCCCAUGAAUGAGAAAGAGCGGGCAGCCAAGUUUGAGAGGAUGGUCUCUGUUGAUGUUAAACUAGGCCAAAUACUUGUCAGGAACCCCAGGGAGGCUUCUGCCAAUGAACACCCCAAAGUCUUCACUUUUGACUCAGUCUAUGACUCGAACUCUAAACAAAUAGAUCUGUAUGAUGAAACCUUCAGGCCUCUGGUGGAUUCAGUUCUUCUGGGGUUCAAUGGGACCAUUUUCGCCUACGGACAAACGGGUACGGGGAAAACUUACACUAUGGAGGGUGUUAGAAACGAUCCGGAGAGGAGAGGAGUGAUCCCCAACUCCUUCGAGCACAUCUUCACUCACAUUUCACGCUCCCAGAAUCAGCAGUAUCUGGUCAGAGCGUCGUAUCUAGAAAUUUACCAGGAGGAGAUCAGGGACUUGCUCUCCAAGGACCAGGCGCAUCGUCUGGAGCUCAGGGAGAGGCCUGAUACGGGUGUGUACGUCAAAGACCUUUCGUCAUUCGUCACCAAGAGCGUGCGGGAGAUCGAACACGUCAUGAAUGUGGGAAACCAGAACCGUUCAGUGGGCUCCACCAACAUGAACGAACACAGCUCUCGUUCUCACGCCAUUUUUGUCAUCACUGUUGAGUGCAGUGAGUUGGGUGUGGAUGGAGAGAACCACAUCAGGGUAGGCAAGUUGAACCUGGUCGAUUUAGCUGGUAGUGAAAGGCAGACCAAGACUGGUGCUCAGGGCGAGAGGCUUAAAGAGGCCACGAAGAUCAAUCUGUCGCUUUCUGCUUUGGGAAAUGUCAUCUCGGCUCUGGUGGACGGCAGAAGCAGCCACAUCCCCUACCGAGACUCCAAACUCACCCGUCUGCUGCAGGACUCUCUGGGAGGCAACGCCCGCACCGUCAUGGUCGCCAACAUCGGUCCGGCCUCCUACAACGUGGAGGAGACCUUAACCACGCUGCGCUACUCCAACCGAGCCAAGAACAUCAAGAACAAACCACGCAUCAACGAAGACCCCAAAGACGCCCUGCUCAGGGAGUUCCAGGAGGAGAUCGCCAGGCUGAAGGAGCAGCUGGAAAAGCGCUCGGGGAAGAAGAAGAAGAGGAGGCAGAGGAGGAGGGGUGGCGAAGGGAGCGACGGCGAAGACCUGGAAGAAGGAGAGACAGAGGAUGACGAUGAGGAAGGGGAGGACAAAGAGAAUUACUGGCGGGAGCAGCAGGAGAAGCUGGAGAGGGAGAGGAGGGCCAUCAUGGAGGAUCACAGUUUGGUGGCCGAGGAGAAAGUUCGGCUGCUGAAGGAGAAGGAGAGGAAGAUGGAGGAUCUGAAGAGGGAGCGGGAGGCUGGAGAGAUGCUCGCAGCUAAAGUGAAGGCGAUGGAGAGCAAGCUGCUGGUAGGGGGGAAGAACAUUGUGGAUCACACCAAUGAGCAACAGAGGAUGUUGGAGAUGAGGAGGCAGGAAAUCGCUGAGCAGAAACGGAGGGAGCGGGAGAUGCAGCAGCAGAUGGAGUGCCGGGACGAAGAGACUCUGGAGCUGAAGGAGACCUACAGUUCUCUGCAGCAGGAGGUCGACAUCAAGACCAAGAAGCUGAAAAAGCUGUUUGCCAAACUGCAGGCAGUGAAGGCAGAAAUCCACGACAUCCAGGAGGCUCACAUCAACGAGCGCCAGGAGCUGGAACAGACCCAGAAUGAGCUCACCAGGGACCUCAAACUGAAGCAUCUGAUCAUUGAGAACUUCAUCCCCUCAGAGGAGAAGAACAAAAUAGUCAACAGAGCUUUCUUCGAUGAGGAGGAUGAAUACUGGAAGAUGAAGCCCAUCACACGUAUUGAGGAUGACCAUCAGAUGAUGACCAGGCCUCUGUCUGCAGUGGGCUACAGGAGACCUCUCAGUCAACACGCUCGCAUGGCCAUGAUGAUCAGACCUGACAUGAGAUACAAAGCUGAAAACAUCCUGAUGCUGGACAUGGACCUGCCGGCUCGGACCACCAAAGAGUAUCAGGAGCCCGUUAUCGCCCCAAAGGUGGCGGCAGCUCUGGAGGACGCUCUCAGGGACGAGGACGAGAUCCAGGUAGACGCCUCAGGCUUUCACAGCAGCUUGGGACCGACCCCACCAGCCAGCGCUAGCAGCAGCCUCAAGAAACCAAAGUCAGGUCGACCAAGAACAGGCAAGAAGUCCAGCACCCCGACCUCUCCGUUCAGCCCCGCCAGUCCAGGAUCCCCUAUUUACCCACAAUCCCGUGGCCUGGUGCCUAAAUGACAGCUUCCACCGACCUCUCUCCUGCACACAUUUCCACUUUUGGGACUGAACCUUAGAGAGGACGGGGGGGAAGGGGGGUUCAUUUGGUCCGAGCCGGCAGAAUCUCUUGGAUAGAGCAAACUUUAAAGACUUUAAUGCUGCUUCGUAGGUUUGAACUUUAUAACUGUAACCACACCACUAUUAACUGUUAACUAUGAGCUUUUUAAUCAUCCCUGAGUGUGAGUUAGUACAACACACAGGACAGCAACCACGCAUGACCCGAAGCCUCACAUCACUCUGCACUGCUGUUACCUUCCUCCACAGCGAUGUCUUAUAUGUUAUUUCACAAUGUUCUUAAUGUACAGAAGAAGAAAAAAAUGAAGGUGGGCUCAGAACACCUGUUGACAGACUGCAGUAUCCCCCAAUGCACUUCAUAUGUUCCCACAUCUGUGCUGAGUGUCAAUAGUCCUCUGUCUUACUGUAAGUGUGAACACGGUGGGGACUCUACAGGCUGUGUGUGUGUGUGUGUGUUUAAGUGUUUGUCAGUGCGUUUCUGAAUAUUGAACAUAACGAUUUAUGUCAUGCUGCGCUGUUUUUCUUCCUGUGGUUGGGGAACUGAAAUUCCCUGUAUGUGUGUGUAUGUGUGUGUUGUUUUGUAUCUUAAAGGAAUAGUUCAACAUUUAGAGGAAAUAUGCUCAUUGGCUUUCUUGACAAGAGCUGGAUGAGAUAGUAAUACUCAUGUGUCCGUACAGUAGAUAUGAAGCUAAGGGAGACUCUCGACUAACUGCUGUGACAUAAGAGGGAAGUGUCACAUGACCGAUGGCAGUAGUCUAGCAAUACUACAGCUAGCGAGCUAAUCUGCUGCCAGUUCUGCUAUCUAAUUGAUCACACUUUUCCAAAAAUAUGUAAAUGAAUACACUUCAGUAGAAAUUGAUUCUUAAAAAAAGACAUUUGUUUUCUAUUUAAUACACGGAGCUGUG